AUGGUGAAGAGGAAGAGCUCCGAGGGCCAGGAGCAGGACAGCGGCCGCGGCAUCCCCUUGCCCAUCCAGACCUUCCUGUGGCGGCAAACCAGUGCAUUUUUGAGGCCUAAACUGGGGAAGCAAUACGAAGCCUCUUGUGUGUCCUUUGAACGAGUGUUGGUAGAAAACAAGCUGCACGGCCUCUCUCCAGCCCUCUCAGAAGCCAUCCAGAGCAUUUCCAGAUGGGAGCUUGUGCAGGCUGCUUUGCCCCAUGUCCUCCACUGCACUGCGACUCUGCUUUCAAACAGAAACAAGCUAGGCCACCAGGAUAAAUUGGGUGUUGCUGAGACGAAGCUCCUUCACACCCUGCACUGGAUGCUCCUGGAGGCCCCCCAGGACUGCAAUAGCGAGCGAUUUGGAGGCACAGACCGAGGCUCCAGCUGGGGUGGCAGCAGUAGUGCUUUCAUCCACCAGGUUGAAAACCAGAGUUCUCCAGGGCAGCCUUGCCAGAGCAGCUCCCAUGAUGAAGAAGAGAACAACCGGAGGAAGGUCUUCCAGAACUCCAUGGCUACCGUGGAGCUCUUUGUGUUUCUCUUCGCUCCUCUGGUCCACAGGAUCAAGGAAUCUGAUCUCACGUUCCGACUGGCCAGUGGACUUGUUAUAUGGCAGCCCAUGUGGGAGCACAGACAGCCCGAAGUCUCUGGCUUCACAGCACUGGUGAAGCCCAUCAGGAACAUUGUUACAGCCAAGAGAAGUUCUCCAAUCAACAGUCAAAGUCAGACCUGUGAAUCGCCAAAUCAGGACACAAGCCACCGGGAGGGACUCCAGGUGGUCUGUGAAACAUUCCAGUCAGCUUCCAUCUCACCCAAGGCCUCCAUUUCAGGCUGCCACCGAGGAAACUCCUUUGAUGGAAGUCUGUCCUCUCAAACUUCCCAGGAAAGAGGACCAUCACAUUCCAGGGCCUCUCUCGUGAUACCUCCGUGUCAAAGGUCCCGCUAUGCCACCUACUUCGACGUAGCUGUUCUUCGCUGUCUGCUCCAGCCCCACUGGUCUGAGGAGGGCACUCAGUGGUCUCUGAUGUACUAUCUACAAAGGCUGCGACACAUGUUGGAAGAGAAGCCAGAAAAGCCCCCAGAGCCAGACAUUCCUCUGCUGCCCAGACCGAGGAGCAGCUCCAUGGUGGCGGCGGCUCCCUCACUAGUGAACACCCACAAAACCCAAGAUCUCACCAUGAAAUGUAAUGAAGAGGACAAGUCUCUCAGCCCUGAGGCCUUUUCCAAGGUUUCAUUGACCAAUCUACGUAGGUCUGCAGUGCCCGAUCUCUCUUCAGACCUUGGCAUGAACAUUUUUAAGAAGUUCAAGAGCCGCAAAGAAGACAGAGAGAGGAAAGGCUCCAUCCCGUUCCACCACACGGGGAAGAGGAGGCCGCGGAGAAUGGGGGUGCCAUUCCUGCUUCACGAGGAUCAUCUGGAUGUGUCGCCCACCCGGAGCGCGUUCUCUUUCGGAAGUUUCUCUGGGCUUGGAGAAGACAGGCGAGGCAUUGAGAAAGGAGGCUGGCAAACCACCAUUUUAGGGAAAUUUACCCGGCGGGGCAGUUCGGACGCAGCCACGGAGAUGGAGAGCCUGAGCGCCAGGCACUCCCAUUCUCAUCACACCCUGGUGAGUGACCUGCCAGAUCACUCCAACAGUCACGGAGAAAAUACUCUCAAGGAAGUGCGAUCCCAGAUCUCCACAAUCACAGUCGCGACCUUCAACACCACGCUGGCGUCGUUCAACGUAGGCUACGCAGACUUCUUCAGUGAGCAUAUGAGGAAGCUCUGCAACCAGGUGCCUAUCCCUGAGAUGCCACAUGAACCCCUGGCCUGUGCAAACCUGCCUCGGAGCCUCACAGACUCCUGCAUAAACUACAGCUACUUGGAGGACACAGAACAUACUGAUGGGACCAGUAACUUUGUCCACAAGAACGGCAUGCUUGAUCUUUCUGUGGUCCUGAAGGCUGUUUAUCUUGUCCUUAACCAUGACAUCAGUUCUCGCAUCUGUGAUGUGGCGCUCAACAUUGUUGAGUGCUUGCUUCAACUUGGGGUGGUGCCCUGUGUAGAAAAGAACAGAAAGAAGACUGAAAAGAAAGAAAAUGAGACUGUGGAAAAAAGACCAAGUGAGGGAACUUUCCAAUUCAAAGGAGUAUCUGGAAGUUCCUCCUGUGGAUUUGGGGGCCCUUCAGUUGGUGGAGCUGGCGAUGGUGGAGGAGAAGAAGGAGGAGGUGGAGAUGGAGGAGGUGGAGGAGGUGAUGGAGGAGGAGGUGGAGGAGGUGGAGGUGGCCCUUAUGAGAAGAACGAUAAGAACCAAGAGAAGGAUGAAAGUACACCUGUAAGCAACCAUAGGCUUGCUCUCACCAUGCUCAUCAAAAUAGUGAAGUCUUUGGGAUGUGCCUAUGGUUGCGGAGAAGGACACCGAGGGCUCUCUGGAGAUCGUCUGAGACACCAGGUAUUCCGGGAGAAUGCCCAGAACUGCCUCACUAAGCUCUACAAGCUAGAUAAGAUGCAGUUUCGACAGACCAUGAGAGACUAUGUGAACAAGGACUCUCUGAAUAAUGUAGUGGACUUCUUGCAUGCUUUGCUAGGCUUUUGUAUGGAGCCCGUCACUGACAACAAGGCUGGGUUUGGAAAUAACUUCACCACGGUGGACAACAAAUCCACAGCCCAAAAUGUGGAAGGCAUUGUCGUCAGUGCCAUGUUUAAAUCCCUCAUCACACGCUGCGCUUCAACCACACAUGAAUUGCACAGCCCCGAGAAUCUGGGGCUGUAUUGUGACAUCCGUCAGCUGGUCCAGUUCAUCAAAGAGGCUCAUGGGAAUGUCUUCAGGAGAGUGGCCCUCAGUGCUUUGCUCGACAGCGCCGAGAAGUUGGCACCAGGGAAAAAAGUGGAGGAGAAUGAACCUGAAUCUAAGCCUGCAGGCAGUAAAAGGUCAGAGGCAGGAAGCAUUGUGGAGAAAUGCCAGGUGUCCUCCGCGCCUGAGGAGUGUCGCAGCUUCAUGUCGGGUCGUCCCUCGCAGACUCCAGAGCAUGAUGAACAAAUGCAAGGAGGUAACCUGGGGCGGAAAGAUUUCUGGCGCAAGAUGUUCAAAUCCCAGAGCGCAGCAAGUGACACCAGCAGCCAGUCUGAGCAGGACACUUCAGAAUGCACCACUGCCCACUCUGGGACCACCUCUGACCGGCGCGCCCGCUCACGAUCCCGCAGAAUUUCUCUCCGGAAGAAGCUUAAACUCCCCAUAGGAAACUGGCUGAAACGGUCCUCCCUCUCGGGCCUGGCAGAUGGCGUGGAGGACCUCUUGGACAUCAGCUCUGUGGACCGCCUGUCUUUCAUCAGGCAAAGCUCCAAGGUCAAAUUCACCAGUGCCGUGAAGCUUUCUGAAGGUGGGCCAGGGAGUGGAAUGGAAAACGGAAGAGAUGAAGAGGAGAAUUUCUUCAAGCGUCUUGGUUGCCACAGUUUUGACGACCAUCUGUCUCCCAACCAAGAUAGCGGAAAAAGCAAAAACGUCGUGAAUCUGGGAGCAAUCCGACAAGGCAUGAAGCGAUUUCAGUUCCUGUUAAACUGCUGUGAACCGGGCACAAUUCCGGAUGCGUCCAUCCUGGCAGCUGCCUUGGAUCUUGAAGCGCCUGUGGUAGCCAGAGCAGCGCUCUUCCUGGAAUGUGCCCGUUUUGUUCACCGCUGCAACCGUGGCAACUGGCCAGAGUGGAUGAAAGGGCAUCAUGUGAAUAUCACCAAGAAAGGCCUGUCCAGGGGACGGUCUCCCAUCGUGGGCAACAAGCGGAACCAGAAGCUGCAGUGGAAUGCUGCCAAGCUCUUCUACCAAUGGGGAGACGCGAUUGGCGUCCGAUUGAAUGAGCUGUGCCACGGGGAGAGUGAAAGCCCAGCCAACCUGCUGGGUCUCAUUUAUGAUGAGGAGACCAAGAGGAGACUGAGAAAGGAGGAUGAGGAGGAAGACUUUUUAGAUGACAGUACUGUGAACCCCUCUAAAUGUGGCUGCCCCUUUGCCUUGAAGAUGGCAGCAUGCCAGCUUCUCCUGGAGGUUACCACCUUCCUGCGGGAGACCUUUUCUUGCCUGCCCAGACCUCGCACUGAGCCUCUUGUGGACUCGGAGAGCUGCAGACAUCAUUUGGACCCGGAUAUGGACCGACACAGAUAUGAAAGGAAGAUCAGCUUUGCUGGGGUCCUGGAUGAAAAUGAAGACUCAAAAGAUUCCCUCCACAGUAGUAGCCACACCCUGAAAUCAGAUGCAGGUGUUGAGGAGAAGAAAGUUCCCAGCAGGAAGAUCAGGAUAGGAGGCCCCCGCCUGCUCCAGAUUAAAGGAACCCGCAGUUUCCAGGUGAAGAAGGGGGGUUCCUUGUCCAGCAUUCGCCGGGUCGGCAGCUUAAAGAGCAGCAAGUUAUCACGGCAGGACUCAGAGUCUGAGGCUGAGGAGCUGCAGCUGUCCCAGAGCAGGGACACUGUCACUGAUCUAGAAGGGAGUCCUUGGAGUGCAAGUGAACCCAGCAUUGAGCCGGAGGGAAUGAGUACCGCCAGCACGGAGGAAAACUACCACAGGAACAUGUCAUGGCUUCACGUCAUGAUCUUGCUGUGCAAUCAGCAGAGCUUCAUCUGCACACAUGUUGACUACUGCCACCCACACUGCUACCUGUACCACAGCCGCUCCUGCGCCCGGCUGGUCAGGGCCAUCAAGCUGCUCUACGGCGACACUGUGGAUGCCCUCCGGGAGAGCAGCAACAUCGGCAACGUGGCUCUCCGGGGCAAGAAACAGAAGGAGUGCUCAGACAAGUCAUGCUUGAGGACGCCUUCUCUGAAGAAGAGGGUUUCAGACGCCAACCUGGAAGGGAAAAAGGACUCUGGGAUGCUGAAAUACAUCAGACUGCAGGUGAUGAGCCUGUCGCCUGCUCCUUUAUCUCUGCUAAUCAAGGCAGCACCAAUUCUGACGGAGGAGAUGUAUGGGGACAUCCAGCCAGCUGCCUGGGAGCUCCUGCUCAGUAUGGAUGAGCACAUGGCAGGGGCAGCAGCUGCCAUGUUCCUGCUAUGUGCGGUGAAAGUCCCCGAGGCCGUGUCCGACAUGCUGAUGUCUGAGUUCCACCACCCAGAGACCGUGCAGAGGCUGAACGCCGUCCUCAAGUUCCACACGCUCUGGAGGUUUCGCUAUCAGGUCUGGCCCCGGAUGGAGGAGGGAGCACAGCAGAUUUUUAAGAUCCCACCUCCUAGUAUAAACUUCACCCUGCCCUCGCCAGUGCUGGGCAUGCCAUCUGUCCCAAUGUUUGACCCCCCGUGGGUCCCUCAGUGCAGCGGGAGUGUCCAGGACCCCAUUAAUGAAGACCAGUCUAAAUCCUUUUCAGCCCGGGCUGUGUCCCGCUCCCAUCAAAGGGCAGAACACAUCUUAAAGAACUUGCAACAGGAAGAGGAGAAGAAACGUCUAGGUCGAGAAGCUAGCCUCAUCACCGCCAUCCCCAUCACCCAGGAGGCUUGCUACGAGCCCACCUGCACGCCCAACUCAGAGCCGGAAGAAGAAGUAGAAGAAGUCGCCAAUCUGGCAUCCCGUCGACUGUCCGUGAGUCCAUCCUGUACCUCCAGCACUUCCCACAGGAAUUACUCCUUCCGCCGAGGGUCGGUCUGGUCGGUGCGUUCAGCUGUCAGUGCCGAAGAUGAGGACCACACCACUGAACACACUCCAAACCACCAUGUGCCUCAGCCCCCACAGGCAGUGUUCCCAGCAUGCAUCUGUGCAGCAGUGCUCCCCAUUGUCCAUCUCAUGGAAGAUGGUGAGGUGCGAGAAGAUGGAGUAGCAGUGAGUGCUGUGGCCCAGCAAGUCUUAUGGAAUUGUCUAAUUGAGGAUCCAUCAACAGUUCUUCGACAUUUUCUGGAAAAACUAACCAUCAGCAAUAGACAGGAUGAGUUAAUGUACAUGCUGCGCAAACUUCUCCUGAAUAUUGGAGACUUUCCUGCUCAGACAUCUCACAUCCUAUUCAACUACUUGGUGGGCUUGAUCAUGUACUUCGUGCGGACCCCCUGCGAGUGGGGCAUGGAUGCCAUCUCAGCCACGCUGACUUUCCUGUGGGAGGUGGUGGGUUAUGUAGAGGGUCUCUUCUUCAAGGAUCUGAAGCAGACCAUGAAGAAGGAGCAGUGUGAGGUGAAGCUCCUGGUGACCGCUUCCAUGCCAGGUACCAAAACCUUGGUGGUUCAUGGACAGAAUGAGUGUGAUAUCCCAACCCAGCUACCAGUCCAUGAAGACACUCAGUUUGAAGCCCUAUUAAAGGAAUGUCUGGAGUUUUUUAAUAUCCCAGAAUCCCAGUCGACACACUAUUUUCUCAUGGAUAAACGAUGGAACCUUAUCCACUACAACAAGACCUAUGUUCGGGACAUUUAUCCUUUCCGGAGGUCAGUGUCUCCACAGCUCAACCUGGUACACAUGCAUCCUGAGAAAGGACAGGAGCUCAUUCAGAAACAGGUGUUCACUCGGAAACUGGAGGAAGUAGGGCGGGUUUUGUUUCUCAUCUCCCUUACCCAGAAGAUCCCCACAGCCCACAAACAGUCCCACGUCUCCAUGCUGCAGGAGGACCUCCUCCGACUGCCCUCGUUCCCCCGGAGUGCUAUUGAUGCUGAGUUUUCGCUCUUCAGUGAUCCUCAAGCUGGGAAGGAGCUGUUUGGCCUCGACACUCUCCAGAAAAGCUUGUGGAUCCAGCUGCUGGAGGAGAUGUUCCUGGGCAUGCCGAGCGAGUUUCCCUGGGGAGAUGAAAUCAUGCUCUUCCUCAAUGUUUUUAACGGGGCUCUGAUCCUCCACCCAGAAGACAGUGCCCUGCUCAGGCAGUACGCGGCCACUGUCAUCAACAGCGCUGUGCACUUCAACCACCUCUUCUCUCUCAGCGGCUACCAGUGGAUUCUGCCCACCAUGCUGCAGGUGUACUCUGACUAUGAAAGCAAUCCCCAGUUGCGUCAAGCCAUCGAAUUUGCCUGUCACCAGUUCUAUAUUCUCCACCGGAAGCCUUUUGUGCUCCAGCUUUUUGCUAGUGUGGCCCCUCUCCUGGAGUUUCCCGACGCUGCCUACAAUGGCCCCAGCAAAGGCGUGUCAGCUCAGUGCCUGUUUGACUUACUGCAGUCCCUAGAGGGAGAGACCGCUGACAUAUUAGACAUCUUAGAGCUGGUCAAAGCCGAGAAGCCUCUUAAGUCCUUAGAUUUCUGCUAUGGAAAUGAAGACCUGACGUUCUCUAUAAGUGAGGCCAUUAAGCUUUGUGUUACUGUGGUGGCAUAUGCUCCUGAAUCAUUCAGAAGUCUUCAGAUGCUGAUGGUUUUGGAAGCUUUAGUGCCAUGUUACCUACAAAAGCUAAAGAGGCAGACGUCACAAGUGGAGACGGUGCCGGCUGCCCGCGAGGAGAUCGCGGCCACCGCUGCUCUCGCGACAUCCCUGCAGGCCUUGCUGUACAGUGUCGAGGUCCUCACCAGGCCCAUGACAGCCCCACAGAUGAGCAGGUGUGACCAGGGUCAUAAAGGGACCACCGCCGCCAAUCACACCGUGUCGUCUGGGGUGAACACCAGGUACCAGGAGCAAGGCGCCAAACUGCACUUUAUCAGGGAAAACCUUCACUUACUGGAGGAAGGGCAAGGCCUUCCCAGAGAGGAGCUGGAUGAACGAAUUGCCCGGGAGGAGUUCAGGAGACCACGGGAGUCCCUGCUGAAUAUUUGCACCGAAUUCUACAAGCACUGUGGGCCGAGGCUGAAGAUCUUGCAGAACCUGGCGGGGGAGCCCCGGGUCACUGCCCUGGAGCUGCUGGACGUGAAGUCCCACAUGAGGUUGGCAGAAAUUGCACACUCCCUUCUGAAGCUGGCCCCAUAUGACACCCAGACAAUGGAGAGCCGUGGGCUUCGACGCUACAUCAUGGAGAUGCUCCCCAUCACCGACUGGACAGCCGAGGCAGUGAGGCCAGCCCUUAUCCUCAUUUUAAAGAGAUUGGAUAGAAUGUUCAACAAAAUUCAUAAGAUGCCUACUUUGAGGCGACAGGUUGAGUGGGAGCCUGCCAGCAAUUUGAUUGAAGGGGUUUGUUUGACACUUCAGAGGCAGCCAAUCAUAUCCUUCCUGCCUCACCUUAGGUCACUGAUCAAUGUCUGUGUCAAUCUGGUGAUGGGAGUGGUAGGACCUUCCAGUGUUGCUGACGGAUUACCCCUUCUUCAUCUCAGCCCUUAUCUCUCACCACCUCUGCCCUUCAGCACAGCUGUUGUCCGGCUUGUAGCAUUGCAGAUACAGGCAUUAAAAGAAGAUUUUCCUUUAAGCCAUGUGAUCUCCCCAUUCACCAAUCAAGAGCGAAGGGAGGGGAUGCUUUUAAAUCUACUCAUCCCAUUUGUCCUCACAGUAGGAUCUGGAAGCAAAGAUAGCCCAUGGCUAGAGCAGCCUGAGGUGCAGCUGCUGCUGCAGACGGUCAUAAACGUGCUCCUGCCACCGCGGAUCAUCAGCACAUCCAGGAGCAAGAACUUCAUGUUGGAGAGCUCUCCCGCCCACUGCUCCACCCCCGGGGAUGCAGGGAAAGACCUGCGCAGGGAAGGGCUGGCAGAGUCAACCAGCCAAGCAGCAUACUUGGCGCUGAAGGUGAUUCUCGUCUGCUUCGAGAGGCAGCUGGGAAGCCAGUGGUACUGGCUGAGCCUCCAGGUGAAGGAGAUGGCCCUGCGGAGGGUGGGCGGCCUGGCCCUGUGGGACUUCCUCGACUUCAUCGUGCGGACCCGAAUCCCCAUCUUCGUGCUCCUGCGCCCUUUCAUCCAGUGCAAGCUUCUGGCCCAACCAGCAGAGAAUCAUGAAGAGCUCUCUGCCCGGCAACAUAUUGCUGACCAGCUGGAGCGGCGCUUCAUCCCACGCCCUCUGUGCAAGAGCUCCCUCAUUGCUGAGUUCAACAGUGAACUAAAGAUCCUGAAAGAGGCCGUUCACAGUGGGUCAGCCUACCAAGGGAAGACAUCCAUCAGCACCGUGGGCACCUCCACCUCCGCUUACCGCCUGAGCCUGGCCACCAUGUCCCGCUCCAACACGGGCACCGGCACUGUCUGGGAGCAGGACAGUGAGCCCUCCCAGCAAGCUUCGCAGGACACCCUGAGUCGGACUGAUGAGGAAGAUGAGGAAAAUGACUCUGUAAGCAUGCCCAGUGUGGUAAGUGAACAAGAAGCUUACCUCCUGAGUGCCAUCGGAAGGAGGCGGCUCUCCAGCCACGUCUCCAGCAUGUCUGCACCUCAGGCUGAGGUGGGCAUCUUACCCAGCCAAAGUGAACCUAAUGUCCUCGAUGACUCCCAGGGCCUGGCCGCCGAGGGCAGCCUCUCUAGGGUGGCAAGUGUACAGAGCGAACCUGGCCAACAGAACCUCCUGGUUCAGCAGCCCCUGGGGAGAAAAAGGGGCCUGAGGCAGCUAAGACGUCCUCUACUAUCACGUCAGAAGACUCAGACUGAACCCAAAAACCACCCUGCAGCUCGGCUGUCAACCACUCGCAGGAGCAUUCAACCUAAAACGAAGCCAUCUGUGGAUCAGAAACGAUCUGUGACCUUCAUUGAGGCUCAGCGGGAGCCAGCAGGAGCCCCAGCAGACACACUUCCUGCCACAGGCCAGCCCCAGGGCUGCAGCCCAGACCCACCUAGAAAACCAGAAGGAAUGGACAAACCAGUCCUCACAUCUUCCCCUGCCAUUGUCAUUGCUGAUCUUCACAGCCUGUCUCCCAAGCAGAGUGAGACCCUUCCCGCUGAAGAAGGAGAAAAGGAGGACACAGAAGGACAAGGUGCCACGGCACACAGCCCCCUCUCUACUCAACUCUCAGCCCCUGAUGACUUCACAGGCCUUGAGACAUCCGUCCUCCUACAGCACGGAGACACUGUCCUUCACAUCAACGAGGAAAAUGGCAUGGAGAACCCCCUGCUAUCCAGCCAGUUCCCCUUUACUCCCACUGAGCUGGGGGAGACUGAUGUGGACCUAGAUGAGUCUCAUGUUUAAUUCUGUAUUUUGUAAGAGUUGCAGGUGUAGACAAGAUGUAGAAGGGAUCACUUUGCUAAAAGUUGAAUUCUUUUGCCCGGAAAAGAUGAAAACACAGCACUUUAUAUCCAAUGGGUGGCACAAAUCUCAGUAGAUUUUGCUGCCAAUGCACAUAUUGUUUCAUAAACAUCUUGAAAAAAUGAAUGGCUAUGAUGAUUUGGUUGUGUGAAGACCAUAAAAGCCAGGGAGGAAUGAGGGGAAAGAGCCAUUUUGUUGCACAUUGUUUAUGAUUCAAGAAGCCUUGAGCAGUUAAAAAUGUGUACUAUUACAGAGCUGCUUACCUAGGAAUAUUAACAAAUAAUAUGUUCUAAAAAGAAAAUGCAAUUUUUUGAGGUUACUCACAUUAUACAUCUCAUGCAAAUGUUUAUUUUUAUAGUUUCAAAAAUAUUAAAUCAGAUGGCUGUAUAAGUAGCAAUUUACAUAAAAAUAAUAAAUAAGGAAAAUAUUAGUUUGGGAGAACUAAAUAAGCCUGCAGCCAUUUUUGUUUUCAUCAACAAUACAGCCAUUUAGAGGAAGGAAAAAAUACUAUUUUUAGAGCUGUGAACUUUUCAAUAUUUAUUUUUGAAGUGUCAUUUUCAUUGCAUGUUGUAAAUCAAAAUGCUAACGUCCUAAGAUCAUUCUAUUCCUAACCAAUCACAUUAGAGAAAGAAUAUUCUAGAAAUUAUCAGAUGUAAUUCUGAAUUAAGAAGAACGUAAACAGCCUAUACUAUGAUAAAAACUAAAUGUAAAUAUAAUAGCUAGAAAGAGAUGGUAUUCCUACUUCUAGACCUGACUACAUCAACGCCAAGAGUAGGAGAUAUUGGAAAAUGUGAUUGCUUUCCUUAACAGUAUCCUGUGCCUGCCCUCGAGGACAUAUUUUCAGAUAUAAAGGUUACUAUUGUUAGAAUUGGUUCAAUAAAAUAACUUUUUCUCAACAUUAACAAUAUUCUUAUGAUCCUUUAGACAUCUAAGUAUAUGAGAAAAAAUAUAGAAAGUGAGCAAUCUCCUCAUAGACACAGUCAGCUUGUGUAUUUUACUUUAAGUUGAAGUUCAGUGACUUUAAGAAAUAUAUAAAAUUCAGAAGGCCUGUAAGGUCAUAUCUAGU